ACCUUUGAUCACACAAGAAAUGCUUCUUUGCCAUUACCUGCGGCUUUCCCUGGAGAGAACAGCAGAGGAGAAAUAAUUAAAGCAUGAACAAAAUCAAAUAUCUCAAAUCAAGCCCUACUAGGCUGGAUGAGGACCAGGUUUCUCCUCUGCGCGUGGACCCACGGUGAUGACCCUGGAGAUGUAUCUGCUCUUAUACGUGAGCACCCAGAUAGCAGAGCCCUGCUGUCUGUGGCCAGGACUUCCGAACACCAUCUGAGCAGUCUGGCAACUCCUUCAUCCUCUUGCCCUCUCCCUUCUAAAAACAUCAGUCUGUUCAAUCAUCCAUGUCGGUUUGCUAUGACAUACAUCAACGUUGAUGAGAGACAGGAACACUGUCGGGUAAUUCUGAGCUGCCAGAAUAAUCAGCUAUACGCCCAACAUGGCUUAAAGGAUUUCUCAAUUAGCAGCAUGCAUCCACUAAAGAACUUAGACCCUCGUAUUUUUACUGGAGACUUUAAUCCUGUAAGCAAAGUAGACAGUAAUGCAGGGGCACAUCUGUAUCAGAGCGUGGAGAACCUACACUGGGCCACAAUGGCGGAUUCACAUUGUCAUCCCAAUUGUGGAAAUGUAGACAAUGAACUCGUUUUCCAUUACAAAGGCGCAGCGCAUUGGUCCAAGUAUUCCAUGGAAGGUGCCCCAUCCCCCAGCUCGCCUGAAUGUUGCCGACACUUCCCCCUUCCCUCGGAGCACAUGCCGCCUGCAGCGCGAGACAUAGCCCUUCCCCCCGGUGCCAAAGUGCCUCCGUGGUUUUUCUCCUCCAUCGAUGUGGAUGCUAAAAAAAACUUAAAGGAAAGGCUUAGACUUCACGGUGCGAAAGCUACAGAGAUUUGCAAGCCUGUCAGACCUCAGGCUUCCUUGAAUGACCUCGUUGCAAGGGAAUGUUCUGAAUGCCGGGCAUGCCAGCACUCUAAGAAUGGUUGUUCGGUUAAGUGUUGCACCAUAUUUGUGCAGCACACUACGCUUCCUCAUGGACCAUGGAUGGCGCUGGAGAGGCAUCGGCCAUGUUUUUCCCGCAGGCUUACCAACCCAGAAGACAUCAAACAAGAAGCUCAGAGGAGGUUGCAGAUCAGGAGACAGAACAGCUCGCCCAACUUGACCCUCCAUUGUGUUAAUGACAGCCAGGAGAUGGCCAGAUCCCAAACUACCGGAUCCUUAAAGGGAUAUGAGGUGGAAAGGGACACCAGAAGGACUUUGGAGCUGAGCAGGAAAGGAGAUUGCAAAGAAAAGCUCUACAUUCCAACUUUUGAGGAGUUCAAGAGGAUGAGAAUCAAGGGGACAUGUUUUCUCAACGGCAGCAAUGAAACAUCACAAGACAUGAAGGAAGGGGCCCAAAGGUUGGAAGAAAAAAGAAAUCAGAACCUUUGUUCAGAUGCCCAGCAGGAUCUUGUCAAAGAAAUAGUUCCAACGAUAGAUUAUUAUGAUGAUGUUUUUCAUGAAAACACUGAGAUUGCUUCUGGCUUUGUUGGCUAUCAAGAUAGCUCAUCCACAUGGGACAGGAGUUUCUGCCUGAUGAAUAUGCCUGUGGCUCGGGACCAGAACGAUGAGGUGCUGACUUCAGAUAGGAUCCCAGUCCCCAUUUGUUCUAGUCCAAUCCCAAGAUCACCUCUACAAUCUGCUGCAGUUCCUAGGGAGGAGGGAAAGAAAGCCUUUGGUGAAGGGGAGAAGCAGGGACUGGAUGCAAGACAACUAAGUGAAGUCCUUCACCAUGCUGGACAGUCCCUUGCACCUGAAGCCCAGUCUUCUUGUUGCCCAUUGCUAUUAGAAGCAACAGAUAUAUCCAGCUAUGGAGCUAAGCUACAGAAAAUGAAGGAUGAAUUUAUAGGUUCUGCACUCGACCUCAUUAAAAAGAGCUGCAGUGCUGAAACUACACCUGAGACCUCCUCCAAAGGAUCAUGUGAACUUAAAAAGGCUGAUCUCACUUUUGUGGAGGACCAUCAACAACCCACAGCCUCCAGCCCCAACUGCCGCCGAUCCAGCUCUGACAUCUCCUACGAAACGUCAGAAUGCACCAGAGCUCAGCGGGAGUGUCGGUUACGGCCUCAUUUCAGUGACCCAAUGCCGACAGAUGCUGUGAAGAGGAAACAGCUGGAGUUGAAGAUAGCGGCGGCAGCACGCCAGCACGCCCAGAAACGCCGGCAAGAGAGCGACCCCAGCCCAGCACUGACUAAAGCUAACAUCAACUACGGCGGCAGUGUUGAUGAGAACCGCCGUGUCCUGGGUGGCUCCUUUCGUUCCAAAUACCGCUGGAGCAACGUCAGCAGUCUCAGUGCGGACAGCGGCAUUGUGGGUGGGAGCGACGAGCGGGACAAUCCAGAUGCCAGCAGCGGAGGGGGCCCAAGGAUGAGGCUGGCUGCGAUGGAGCGGGCAGACAGUGGCAUCAGCCAAGUGCUGAGUAGGAAGUGGAGGAACAGGGCGUCUGAAACCUUGACCUCCCUGCAGGCGUGGGAGGCCCACCAACCUUGCACCGACUGCGGUGGGAGAGAUUCCCCACUGGAGACGGACGUUCAGAACCGGAACAAGAGACGGGCCGCCCUGUGUGAGAAGUGCCUGAAGUGCCGGACCGAGCGGAAGGAGUCCGUGCUGGAGUUCGUUAACACUGAAGCUAGUUAUGGGGAGGACCUGCGCAUCAUCAAAGAGGAGUUCUACCUUCCCAUGCAAGCUGCAGGCCUCCUAACGCAGGACCAGCUGGUGGUGGUUUUUAGCAACAUACAGGAGCUGAUAGAUCUCAACGAAAACUUCCUGGAGUACCUUCAGGAAGAGAUUGACCAGGCCUUUGAGCAGGUAGCGUGUAGUCUCAGGCUUCCUCUCCUUUUGGGUAAUCAUAAGUGA